AUGACGAGCAAUUCCGAUUUCAACGAGAUCAAUGAAGCCAAGGCCUGCAUGGACAACAUCUAUGAUCAGGCUGACCCGAGGCCCUAUUUUCGUGAAUUGAAAAAACUCGGCUAUGCAAUUCCCAACGAAGCCAAGCCGGUUUUUCAAAAGCUGAUCGAUCACCUGCAGCAACGGCAGGAGGGCGCCGUCAAACUUCUGGAUCUGGGCUGCUCCUAUGGCGUCAAUUCGGCUAUUCUCAAGCACGACUUGUCGAUGACAGAGCUCUAUCAACACUGGGGUCAGAAAAGAACUACGGACGAAACGCCGAAGGAAAACGUAGAGUAUCACAAGCGUUUUUUCGCCAACCUCGAUGGUCCUGAAGCCAUUGAAGUCAUUGGACUUGAUGUGGCAGAAAACGCGGUCUCCUUUGCAGAAGACAUAGGUCUCCUGGACAAAGGCCUGACCUGCAACCUGGAAGCUCAACCGGUACCGGCAUCGGCAGAAGAAGAAUUGGCCGCUGUCGAUCUGGUAACGUCGACGGGGUGCGUUGGCUACAUCACGGAAAAGAGCUUCGAUCACCUGCUGCCGACGAUCACCCGCGGACGCCAACCCUGGAUCGCAAAUUUUGUGCUGCGGAUGUUUCCGUUUGACACGAUCGAGGAGUCUCUCUCGCGAUUUGGCUACGUCACGGAGAAAUAUGAAGGCCAGACCUACGUUCAACGCGACUUCGCAUCGACGGAAGAACGCGACCAGGUUUUGGCGCGGCUGAGCGACGAGGGAAUCGAUGCGACCGGGAAGGAAGCUGAUGGUGAACUCCUUGCCGAAUUUUAUCUGUCUCGCCCUGAAAAAGAGGCAGCAGAACUGCCCAUCGAGCGCCUGUUCGCCGCUUGA